UGAGGAAUGGUGCGCUGAGCUCCCGCUGGAGCCCCUCUUCCCGGCCUGGAGCUGGAGCAGCCCAAGGCCCAGGCCAGCAUGGCCAACCCCGGGCAGCCUCCGCUUUGCCCGGCACAGGAGCCAGGCACCGCCUCUCCCCCAGACCUGCCAGAGAUGCAGACGCUCCUCGCCAAGGUGGGGGACCAGGAUGACGUGCCCCUGAAGGCGGCCAAGUCCCUCUCGGGGGCUCUGGACCUGGAGCACAACGGCCACGGCCUGCCCUUCAAGGUGAUGUCCGAGGGGCCCCGGGAGGCCUCGCUCCCGCGGUCGUCCUCCCGGGCCAGCUCGAGGCGGGCGUCCUCCAUCGCCACCACCUCCUAUGCCCAGGACAGAGACGUCCCCAAAGAUUACCUCGUCCUCGCCAUCGCCUCCUGCUUCUGCCCCGUCUGGCCUCUCAACCUCAUCCCCCUCAUCUUUUCCAUCAUGUCUCGAAGUAGCGUGCAGCAGGGGGACCUGGACGGGGCCCGGAGGCUGGGCCGCCUGGCCCGGAUGCUCAGCAUCACCUUCAUCGUCAUGGGAAUCGUCAUUAUCCUGGUGGCCGUGACUGUCAACUUUGCAGUUCAGAAGAAAUAAAAACUAGAGGGAGCUGCUAGC